AUGGCUCCUACAAGCCCGAGUUCCAGGUCUCACUUCCUACGCGCCUUGUCCUCCUCCUCCAUGAAGCCCACAAAGGACAAACCUCGACUGUACGUUGCGCUUUACCCGCGUGGAGACUCGUCAACGACUUUUGCCUUCCGCAACGUCUCCAGCUGUGACUCGUACCACUGGGCUCUCGUAGUUGGGCCUCAAACAGCCGGCCGAACAGACGCGGGGACACGGUACCAUGUGGCCCACCUCGACGAGCACUCGGACAAGUAUCUCUACGAGGAGCAAGACAUCCCCCUGAAUGUGGGUGCACAGAAAGGCCUAGUUCGCAUCGCAGUCUGCAAAGUCUCGGACGAAGAGCGCCUGCAGACGAUCCUGCGGGACAUGCCUAUCCGCGGAGACGACUCGGCAUUCAACUGCCUCACAUGGGUGCGCGAAGCAUUUCGCAAACUCCACGCCGACGGCAAGGCGGUGAAGACUUAUCUCAAGUCGGACGACUGGGACGAUGUAGAGAAGUGCGCCAGGAAAUACUGCAAGCGGAAAAGAGAUGCAGGGAGGUUCCAGGAGGGCAACAACAAUGGGGCAGCCCCGGCCUGGGAUGUGAACCAGAUCAGCACGUUCAACUUUUGGGAGAACCGCGAAACCACGAGUUGA